ACCUAUUUUGUGUUGUUGCCGAAAGAGAAAAAUCAAACGCAUUUUCACACGCGUCUCCGCGGGUACGGACGAUAUAAUAUAUUAUAUAAACGGGCGGACGACGACACUUGAGUCGCAGAAACCGUCGGAAAAGCUUACCAAAUAUCGUGUCUUCUUGCCGGUGUUCAUAGGCAUCAUUUAUUAGGCCCACCGGAUUUCGUUUCCAUUUCGACGAUGACGAAUAAUAAUAUGAACAGUCCGCGGUGCCGUCCCGAAAUCUUCUCGCUGCUGGCCGUCGCGGCGAUCGCCACCGUGCUCGUCCAUCAGCCAUCGACCGUCCACUGCGCCGACGCCGGAGUUUAUCCUCCGCAGCAACAGCAACAGGAGGCGACGAUGUUCACCGCUCCGUCGGGCUACUACGUGUCCACGUACGACCACAUGGACGUGGGCCGAUUGCUGAGAAACAACAAGGUGGUUGCGGGCUUCGUCAAGUGUUUCACCAACGAAGGACCUUGCACGCCGGAAGGCAGACUAGCAAAAGCCUACCUGUUGCCCGAGAUCAUACGUACCGUGUGCGGAAAGUGCACCCCGAGGCAAAAGGACAUGGCGCGGUUAGUGAUAAGACACAUUUACACGUACAGGCGAGGGGAUUUCGAUAAGAUCAUGCAGAUUUACGACACGGAUGGCAAGAAAAACGAGAUCAUCGAUUUCAUGAACCAAAAAUAGUUCAGUUAUUAUAUCAAUCGGCAGCUAUACCUAUCUAUAUAUACUCUCAAACGUCAAAGUUGCAUGAUAUAAUAUUUAAAAGCGGUCGCCGUAUCACCACCAUCAUUCAUCACAACCUUCACGACGAAUAGCUGCUGAUGCAUUAUAAUAUUAUAUAAUAUCUGUUAUUAUUAUCAAAAAAUAUUAUAGAAUAACGACUGCCGGUUUUAAUAGGAAACAUUUACCUACACUUGUAAAUUGUAAUGGUAAUUUUAAGCCCCCCUCCCCUCAUGAACGAUAAAUCAUGAUUAUUAAUCAGAACACAUUCUCCAUAUUUUAUACAUAUUUAUACUAUAUAGG